CGCCCAGUAUCUGUUCUGGAUGAGUAUGUGCACUCCUGCCUUGCCUCGGAAUCACCACCAGGAGCUCAAGCUUACAAUGUCGUCUCUUCACUUACAGAUGGGUCGCAAAGGAAGCUCGACCGAUCAGUUUGCGCCAGCUGAUGGUCUUUGGUCGCUCGCUGACCGAGUCGAGGUUGAUCAGCUCUGCCAACUAUGUGCGAACGGAGCUUCCGACGAGGUAAGUUCUCGAGAGUCAUUCUCGAGGAGUUACAAUAUCUAACCAUGCCACAAUCGACAGAAUCGCCCACCGUAUCCGCGACAUGCAACGCCUCCCCUACGUAGUAGUCACCAACCCGCACCUCAACGAAGUCUACGACCUCUACUACACAGCCUUUGACACCUUCCGCAAGGUUCCCGAGAUCAAAACGCUCGAAGACAACGACGCCCUAUGCGCCACCAUUCGCUCCACCCUGAAAGCGCACCUGACCGUGAUCCCCAAGCUAGCCAUGGGCAUUUUGGAGAGCGCAGGGCUCAUGGACGCAAAGGAGCUAGACAAGUUCAUGAACACGAUUUUACGGUCUCGCAUCUCGCGCCGCGUCAUCGCCGAGCAACACCUAGCUCUAACCGACACCUUCCACGCUCCCUGGUUCUCCCCCGGCGCCAAGCUUUCGGAAACGGAUUUCAUCGGCGAGGUGUUUUUGAAGUGCGUCGCCAAGGAGGUCGUCGAACGGUGCGGCCAGGCUAUUCGUGAUAUCGCCCAGCGCGCCUACGGGCCCGACGUGGCAAUCCCGGAAAUCAAAAUCGACGGACACCUGGAGGCCAAUUUCCCUUAUAUCCUCAGCCACCUCGAGUACAUCAUCGGCGAGCUGCUCCGUAACUCGGUGCAGGCCGUGGUGGAGAAACACCAGCGUUACAAGGAGAAGGUAGCGGCAGCCGGAGGGAAGACCGACGAGAUUGGCCCCCCGCCCGCAAUCGAGGUGACAAUCUGCGAAAGCCAACAACACGUCAUCAUCCGCAUCUCGGACCAAGGCGGCGGCAUCCAGCAGGACGUCUUACCUUACCUAUGGUCCUUCAGCAAGGGCCCCUCGAGCCAGCAGCUGCUGACGAACUUGGGACAGGUGCCCAAGAUGGCGGCGACGAUGCAGGAGCUUAAGGUCGAGGGUACCUCUAGCGAGGAGGCUGGAACAACGGUGGGCAAGAUACAACAAAAGCAGCAGGAACAACAACAGCAGCAACAGCAACAGCAACAACAGGUCAAGGGCAUCCACAACGGGAAUAACUUCCCCGGUGACCCGGGCUACAGCAACUCGUUAGCGACGCUGACAAGCCGCCCGCCGAACCUGCGUCUGGGCAUGGGGUUACCCUUGAGUAGGGUGUAUGCUGAGUACUGGGCUGGUAGCCUGGCGUUGCACAGUCUGGAAGGGUACGGGGUGGAUGCGUUUUUGCAGAUCUCGAAGCUGGGGAAUAAGAACGAGCAGCUGACGACGCGGGCGACGAUGGAUGCGGUUUAGAGGACAUCCAACUAAGUGGAAGUGACAUGGGCGGAAAGGGAGGAGAAAGGAAUAAUACCCAUUGGUUGUUGGCUGCAUGGUUCAGUUCAGAAGAGCAAAGGAAGGGCAUCACAGUGACCUGGUGUAAUGGAUCUGGGUUGUUCCGCGUGUGUGCAAAGUUGGGCUUGGUGUACGGAGCAAACACUCGUGUUUUUUACGCAAUAUCGUUAGCUGGGCAUGAUAUGGAAAUAGCAACUCACCGUUGUAACGCGUUCGUGUAUACUACCCUUUUCGGUCCGUCACCUUCAUGAAUGUUAUCGACUCUCAAUCAGAAUCACUACAGUCAUAAUGUUAAA